AAGCCUUCAUUUCCCCGUUGAUUGCUGUCUCUGCCACCCGUCUUUCCUUUCCUUUUCCCCCUCACCGACGCUUCCUUUUUUGCUCCUCUUUACAAACAAACAAAUAAAUUAAAUUAAAUCACAAGAAUACAAUUUAUACCAAAGAAAAUAAUAAAAAAUAUAAUGCAAGUAAGAAGGAACCCCUGAGAUUCACCACUCUGCAAAUUCUUCUCCUUCCUCUGGAGGAUAUUAUUCUCAAUGCAUUCAUUGAAAGAGAAAGUUUCAGAGAAGUUUUCUCGUCUCUUUCGUGAUUCCGAAAACUCUUCUUCUCAGAAUCAGGCCAGGCCAUAUUCUAAUGGGGGAAAAUCUUUGACCUCAUAUUUCUCCUACAUUAUCCCUUCAAUAGGCUUUGAUGGUUCUGGACCAGACAAGCAUCAGCAUGAAUUCAAGCUGAUUCCAUCCCUUCCCCUUAGAUAUAAAAGCAGAAAUUUAAAAUGUCAAGAUGAAUUAUUGGAUAGUCAUACACCAUGUAGUAAUACAGUAAAGGAGAAGAAAGAAACACAAAGUGACCAGGCGAAAGAUGAAAUCCUUGACGCGAAGGCCUCCGGCGGUAGCACAAGUUGUUCUGAGGUGUUCGAAGAAGCAGUUGACCAUCUUAGUUUGCAGAAGGCGUCCUUAUGCAAUCUCAUGGACGAAUCUGUUUUCAUUUCCCCAGACUUGUACGAAUUCUUGUUUUCAUCGAUUCCAAAUAUUGUUAAAGGGUGCCAAUGGGUCUUACUUUAUAGUACGUUGAAACAUGGUAUAUCACUCCGUACGCUUAUCCGCAGAAGUGCUGAGCUUUCUGGUCCUUGUUUGCUGAUUGUUGGAGAUAAGCAAGGUGCUGUUUUUGGUGGUCUUCUAGAUUGCCCCUUGAAACCUACGGCGCAGAGAAAAUUUCAAGGGACAAACCAAACAUUUGUUUUCACAACUAUAUAUGGUGAGCCAAGGCUAUUUAGACCAACUGGUGCCAACAGGUAUUAUUACCUGUGUCUAGACGACCAGCUUGCACUUGGUGCCGGUGGCAACUUUGCUUUGUGCUUGGAUGGGGACCUCUUAAAUGGGACCAGUGGACCUUGUGAAACGUUUGGAAACAUGUGCUUGGCUCAUAAACCCGAGUUUGAGUUGAAGAAUGUUGAGCUAUGGGGUUUUACGCAUGCCUCGCAAUACCUCACUUGACACAACGCUGAGAUGUCUUCUGCGUUUUACCUAGUUUCGUGAUCGGAUUCCUUGUUCCUUUGCUUCACUUUUCAUGUUUUUGGCCUACCUUUUAGAUGCUGCAGGGCUUUUAUUUAAUCUCUUUUACUCUCUUGGCUAAAUUGUUAGAUAUGGUGUUGUAGCUCAUAGUAUUUGUGGCGUUUGUUGUUCUACUUUUGUUAACUUUUCAUGUUAGUGCCUAGAAUAGACUAUUCAGAUUGUUUCAGAUUGAAACAUAUUACAUGACAUGGUGCUAGCAGAAGACAGCUGCAACUGUAAAUUCUUUUGCAAAUUUAAUUCUCAUUUGUCAUGGUCUAUAAGCUACACCUCUUCAGUUUUUCUUUUCAGCUUUCUUAAAUUAUUGCCA